AUGGCCGUUAGUUACGUCCGCGUAGUUGCCUGCAGUUACCAUCGAUUCACCGUGUGCCGGAACGUCUACUUGAUGACACCUGCAGCAGCUCCUGUAGAAGAUAGCUGGAUUGAGACGUCGUUAUCCGUAGUCUCGUCGUCUUUGCUAUGGUUACAAAAAGUAGAAGCCGACUUGCAGCUUAUGGUAACGGAUACGGUAACCUGCGUUGGCCGUAGUGAUGAGCGGACGGACCCAGCGGUAACCGCAGACACACCUAGACGUCCACGCCGGUCACUGUGGAGCCGGACCAAGACAUUUGUGGGACGAAUGUUCUGUUGUGGUGCGAUUGACAACGCAGACAUAUAUAUGAGUUUAUACGGUUAUAUUACGAUUAUUUGGGCACUGGAUUUUAGACGUCCCCUCCCCCCACCGUUAAAGAGCUCGUGUCGUCCUCGUUCGUAG